GUGUCGGGAAUGUAUCUUCCCUCCACUCGUAACCCUCCACUGGAUUCACCCACUCGUUAUUUUUAACCCCACAGGGCGGGUCAGUGGGCCGGCUGCCUCUCGGGAAUGAGCGUGGAGCGCAGUGCCCCACUACCCUCCCUCUUUUCUUUUUUAUAUCCUCUCUUUCCUGGUCCCCUCCAGGCAGGAUCAACCACCCCGAUGCGUCCAUGGGACCUUAAUGUGACGGCCGGCAGGGACAAGAAACGCCACUUGGAAGAAUUCCACGAAACAAAAUAACUACCAGGAAUAGCAGCUACAUUUUCCUCCAUUUUUUUUUUUUUUGUGGAACCUUUUGAACGAGAGGACCUUUUGAGGACGCCGUGACGUCCGGCCCCAUCGUAAACCAUCCCCCCUCUUGCCAUCCACGAAUACCUCCGCCAUGACUUCCACCACCGACUUUGACAAUGUGGAGAUCACGCAGCAAUACAGCCGCGUCAACACACGCUUCGAGCUCCCCGACGAGGAUCUGGACAACGACAACAGCACGGCACGGCUCUUUGAGCGGUCGCGGAUCAAAGCCCUCGCAGAUGAGCGCGAGGCGGUCCAGAAGAAGACGUUCACCAAAUGGGUCAACUCCAUCCUGUCUCGGGUCAGCUGUCGCAUCUCCGACCUCUACUUGGACCUGCGUGAUGGACGCAUGCUCAUUAGACUUCUGGAGGUCUUGUCUGGAGAACGAUUGCCCAAGCCCACCAAGGGCAGGAUGCGCAUCCACUGUCUGGAGAAUGUGGACAAGGCACUGCAGUUCCUCAAGGAGCAGCGCGUCCACCUGGAGAAUAUGGGCUCGCAUGACAUUGUCGACGGCAACCACCGCCUCAUCCUCGGCCUCAUCUGGACGAUCAUCCUUCGCUUCCAGAUCCAAGACAUCAUUGUGGAGACGGGCCAAGCCGACCAGAAGGAGACGCGCUCGGCCAAGGACGCUCUUCUUCUGUGGUGCCAGAUGAAGACGGCGGGUUAUUCCAGCGUGAACAUCACAAACUUCACCACCAGUUGGAAAGACGGCAUGGCCUUCAACGCUCUCAUACACAAACAUCGACCGGAUCUGGUGGACUUCAACCAGCUGAAGAGGUCCAACCCGACGCACAACCUCCAGAGCGCCUUCAACGUGGCCGAGAAGCAGCUGGGCGUCACCAAGCUCUUGGACCCGGAGGACGUGUUCACCGAGAACCCGGACGAAAAGUCCAUCAUUACGUACGUGGUGGCCUUCUACCACUACUUCUCCAAGAUGAAGCAGCUCGCCGUGGAGGGCAAGCGGGUGGGCAAAGUCCUGGACCACGCCAUCGCCACGGAGAAGAUGGUGGAUAAGUACGAGACCUUGGCGUCGGAGCUGCUGGCCUGGAUCGAGCAGACCAUCCUGGUGCUCAACAACCGCAAACUGGCCAACUCGCUGUCGGGCGUCCAGCAGCAGCUGCAGGCCUUCAACACCUACAGGACGGUGGAGAAGCCGCCCAAGUUCCAGGAGAAGGGCAACCUGGAGGUGCUGCUCUUUACCAUUCAGAGUCGCAUGAGGGCCAACAACCAGAGAGUCUACACACCCAAAGACGGCACGCUGGUGGCCGACAUCAACAGGGCCUGGGAGCGACUGGAGCGCGCCGAGCACGUGCGUGAGCGGAUCCUGAGGGACGAGCUGAUCCGCCAGGAGAAGCUGGAGCAAAUGGCGAGACGGUUCGACCGCAAAGCGGCCAUGAGGGAGACGUGGCUUCUGGAGAACCAGCGAUUGGUAGCUCAGGACAACUUCGGCUACGACCUGCCGGCGGUGGAGGCGGCGAAGAAGAAGCACGACGCCAUCGAGACGGACAUCGCCGCCUACGAGGAGCGCGUCCAGGCCCUGGUGGACAUCUCCGGGGAGCUGGAGGCCGAACGCUACCACGACGCCAAGCGGGUGGACGCCCGUAAGGACAACGUCCUGCGCUUGUGGGACUACCUGCAGGAACUGCUUAAGGCCCGUCGGGGGCGUCUGGACAAGAACCUGACGCUGCAGUGGAUCUUCCAGGAGAUGCUCUACAUCAUCAACUGGAUGGAUGACAUGAAGGUUCGUCUGCUGUCUCCCGACAUGGGCAAACAUCUGCUGGAAGUGGACGACUUGUUACAGAAACACGCUUUGCUGGAGAACGACAUCGCCCUGCAAGCCGACCGGGUCCAAAACGCCAGCGCCGCUGCUCUCCAGUUCGCCAACGGAGAGAGUUACAAGCCGUGCGAUCCCCAGGUGAUCCGAGAUCGGGUGGAGCAUUUGGAGCUGUGCUACCACGAGCUGCUGACUCUGGCCGGCCAGCGCCGGGACCACCUGACGCAGUCUCGCCGCUUCUGGAGCUUCUUGUGGGAGGCGGCGGAGCUGGAGAGCUGGAUCAAGGAAAAGGAGAACAUCUUCUCUUCGCUGGACUACGGCAAGGACCUGACCAGCGUGCUGGUUCUCCAGAGCAAGCACAGCGCCUUUGAGGACGAGCUGGGCGCCCGCCGAGCCAAUCUGCAGCAGGUUCUGACCGAGGGCAGUCAGAUGAUAAAGGACAACCACUACGGCGCACCGAUGAUCCAAGAGCGCACGGACAGCGUCGAGACGCAGUGGCGGCAGCUGGAGGAUCUGGCGGCCUUCCGCAAACAGAACCUGCAGGACACGCGGCGGUUCUUCCAGUUCCAAGGGGACGCCGACGAACUCACGGCCUGGCUGCUGGACGCCGAUCGGCAGAUGAGGAGCGACGACGCGGGCCACGACGAGUACACCACCCAGCGGCUCCUGCGGCGCCACGACGACCUGCGCAACGAGGCCGCCAAGACGGCCGCCGCCGUGGACGCGCUGUCCAAGCAGGCCAACGCGCUGCCCGAGGAGCUGCUCAACACGCCCGACAUCCAACGCCGCCUCAAAGAGAUCAAGGACCUCUUCACGGAGCUCAUGUCUCUGGCCGACGUCAGGCAGAAGAAGCUGGAUGACGCCAUGGCGCUCUACACCAUCUUCAGCGAGACAGAUGCCUGCGAGCUCUGGAUGGGCCAGAAGGAGACUUGGCUCGUGGAUUUGGAGGUGCCCGACAAGCUGGAAGACCUGGAAGUGGUCCAAAACAGGUUGAGCAUUCUGGCUCAGGAUAUGACCAACGUUCAGUCGCGAGUGGAUGACGUCAACAAGGCGGUGAAACAGCUGGAAGACAGCAGACACCCUCGCACCAAAGAGGUCAAGGAAUGCCAGAUGAGACUCAAUACAAGGUGGGAUGCCUUCAAGGCCAUGGUCGAGGACAAGAAGAGGAAGGUGGACUCUGCAGUCAGCCUGAACAACUACGGACUGGAGUGCGACGAGACAGCGGCGUGGAUCCGCGACAAGACGCGCGUCAUCGAGUCCACGCAGGACCUGGGCAACGACCUGGCCGCCGUCAUGACCAUCCAGAGGAAGCUGUACGGCAUGGAACGUGACUUGGCUGCCAUCGACUCCAAGCUUGAUCUCCUGAGGGCUGACGCCGACCGGUUGGCGACGGAGAACCCGGAGAACGCCGCGGGCACGUUGGCCCAACGUGCCCAGUUGGACGCGGCCUGGGAUGAUCUUAAACAGACCCUGAAGGACCGUGAGGACUCACUGGGCGAAGUCAGCAAGCUGCAGACGUUCCUGCAGGACCUGGACGACUUCCAGUCGUGGCUCUUCAGGGCCCAGAAGGCCGUCGCCUCUGAGGAGAUGCCCGCCUCGCUGCCCGAGGCCGAGGAGCAGUUGAGCCUUCACGACGCCGUGCGCGACGACAUCGACAACCACGGGGAGGACUUCUGCAUCAUCCGGGAUACCGGUACACAGGUUACGCUCGGCCAGGAAGACGACCCCCAGUAUCGGGAGCUGCAGCAGACGCUCGGCGAUCUGGACCGAGGAUGGUACGAGCUCCAGAAGAUGUGGGAACGACGCAAGAACUUCCUGGACCAGUGCUUGGGCUUUCAACAGUUCCUCAGGGACGGCAAGGCGGUGGAGGCCAUCCUCAACAACCAGGAAUACACCUUGGCCCACGUGGACAAGCCCGACACUCUGGACGGGGCGGAGCAGGCCUUGAAGAAACACGAGGACUUUUUGAGCACCAUGGAGGCCAAUGAAGACAAGAUUGAUGGCGCUCUCCAGGUGGGCAGACAGCUGGUGGACGGCGGCAACUUGUACGCGGGGAAAGUGCAGGACAAAAUGGAGUCCAUCGCUGACAGGCACGACAAAAACAAAGCGAGAGCCCAGGAGGUGUCGGAGAAGCUGCGAGACAACCGAGACCUGCAGCACUUCUUACAGAACACUCAAGAUCUGACCGUGUGGAUCAAUGAGAAGAUGCUGACCGCUCAGGACACGUCUUACGAUGAGGCCAGGAACCUUCACAGCAAGUGGCUGAAGCACCAGGCCUUCAUGGCCGAGUUGGCCUCCAACAAGGACUGGCUGGACAAAGUGGACCAGGAGGGCCAGGAGCUAAUCGCUUCCAAGCCCGAGUUGGAGCCGGAGGUGCGAGAACGCCUGGUCGCCCUCCACCAGCUGUGGGAGAUGUUAGAGUCCACCACGCAGGAGAAGGCCCGGCUACUGUUCGACGCCAACCGCUCGGAGUUGUUUGAUCAGAGCCUGGCGGACAUCAGGAAGUGGCUGGGCGAGCUGCAGCAGCAGCUUCAGAGCACGGGUGGCGAUGACGUUAACGGCGGCGAAGAUGUCAGAGACCUGACCAACGCCAACAUCCUUCUCAAGAAACACCAGGUGAUGGAGAACCAAGUGCAAGAUCGUGCCCGGGAACUGGAGGAGCUCCAACGGGCGCUGAGGAUGCAUGGCGGCGGCAGUGGGCGCGACGAACUGCAGCAGCCCGAGCUGGAAGUGGAGCAGCAGAACCUGCAGGUGCAAUUCCAGCAGCUUAUUGCACCCCUAGCCCAACGCAGAGGCAAGCUGGAGGCGGCCAAGGCCGUGCAUCAGUUCUACAGAGACCUGGCCGAUGAGCUGCUGUGGAUUGAAGAGAGGAUGCCGCUGGCUCUGUCACAAGAUCACGGCAACGACCUCCAAACAGUGCAGAUGCUGCUUAAGAGGAACCAGACACUGCAGAAGGAAAUCGAGGGCCACCAGCCCCGCGUGGACGAGGUGCUGGAACGAGGACGCGGGAUGGCGGCGACCGCGGGCGAGGACAGAGGUCCCGAGGCCGAGCGGCUGGCCGGGCAGCUGCGCGAGCUGGAGGAGGCGUGGCCGCGGCUGCGGGAGCAGAUGACGCGACGCAAGGACAGGCUGGACGCCUCGCAUCGGGCGCAGCAGUUCUACAACGACGCCGACGAGGCCCAAGCGUGGAUCGGCGAGCAGGAGCUCUACAUGAUCGCUGAGGAAAAGCCCAAGGACGAGCAGAGCGCCAUGUUGAGUCUGAAGCGUCACAACAUCGUCAAGCAGGCCGUGGACGACUACGCCGACUCCAUCCGGAACCUGUCCGAGCGAGCUCAGCACAUGUUCGCGGAGGACCAUCCCGACGGCGAGAAGAUCAUCCGGCGUCAGGGUCAAGUGGACAAGCAAUACGCCGGUCUGAGCGAGCUGGCCGAGGACCGGCGCAGGAAUCUGGAGCACGCGUAUCAACAUUUCCUGCUCAGCCGCGAGGUGGACGACCUGGAGCAGUGGAUCUCCGAGCGCGACGUGGCCGCGUCCUCGCAGGAGAUGGGUCAGGACCUGGACCACGUCACGCUCCUGAGGGACAAGUUCCGAGAGUUUGCGCGCGAGACGGGCGCGCAGGGUCAGAAGCGCGUCGAAGCCGUCAACCGCGCCAUCGUCGAGGCGGGCCACGGCGAGGCCAUCGCCAUGGCCGAUUGGAAGGACCUCAUCAACGAGAGCUGGGCCGACCUCCUGGAGCUCAUCGACACACGCGCUCAGCUACUCAACGCCUCCUACGAGCUGCUCAAGUACUUUGACGACGGCAAGGAGCUGGUGGUCCAGAUCGGCGACAAGCAGAAGGAGCUUCCCGAAGACGUGGGCGAGGACUUCAGCAAAGCCGAGACCUUUCACAGGAUGCACGCCGCCUUCGAACGUGACAUCACUUCCCUGGGAAAGCAGGUGGAGCAGCUGCAGGAGACGGCGGGCAGGCUGCGGGCUCAGUACGCCGCUGAGCGAGCCGACGCCAUCCAGGCGCAGGAGCGAGAAGCGCUGCAGGCCUGGCAGGCCUUGCUGGCCGCCUGCGACGGCCGCCGAAAGCGGCUGCUGGACACGGCCCACAAGUUCCGCUUCUUCGCCAUGGUGCGCGACCUCAUGGCCUGGAUGGAGAGCAUCGGGCAGCAGAUCGACACCCAGGAGAAGCCACGCGAUGUGUCAUCCGUGGAGCUUCUGCAGAAGUACCACCAGGGCAUCCGCUCGGAGAUCGAGGCCCGCGGCGUCAAGUUCACCGAAUGCAGCGACUUGGGCGCGGCCCUUCUGGCCAGCAAACACCGAGACUCGGCCGAGAUCCAAGAGAAGAUGACGCAGCUGGAGGACAAACGUCAGAAAAUGAUGUUCAAGUGGGACGACCGCUGGGACUGGCUACGACUUUUGUUGGAGGUGUGCCAGUUUGCGCGCGACGCCUCGGUGGCCGAGGCCUGGCUGGUGGCUCAGGAGCCGCACGUGAGCAGCAAGGACCUCGGCCAGUCGGUGGACGACGUGGAGAAACUGCUCAAGCGCCACGAGGCCUUCGAGAAGUCCACGGCCGCCUGGGAGGAGCGCUUCUCGGCCCUCGAACGCCUCACCACCUUGGAGUUGUUGGAGCUGAGGAAGCAGCAGCAGGAGAUGGAGCGCUUUGUGCAAGAGCAGCGGCGCUACGAGCAAGAGAGCAGGAGAGAAGACACGGGCUUUGCCGAGUCUUCGCAACUCUUCACAGUGGAGGAAGAAACUCUGUCCGGAGUGGCUGAGCCCAGUUCGGGCAUCCCCGAGGGGACAGCGGCCGACGCCACGGUGCCCGUGGAAUCCGAAAUGAGAGAGAGCGGCUCUCUGGAGCUUGAGGCAUCCAUCUCGGCGCUGGCUGACGAACCGGAGCGGGCGGCCACCUUGCCCAUCGAGGCGCUGCGGGCCCAGACGGUGCUGCUGGAGGGAAUUCUGGGGCGCAAGCAGGACGUGGGAGGCUCGAGGAAGAAGGCCUCCAGUAGAUCGUGGAACAACUUGUACUGCGUUCUGAGGCCCGGUCAGCUGUCAGCCUACAAGGAUGCAAAAAGCUUCGGCCAGGGCGCCACCUUUCACGGCGAGGACCCGCUGCCCCUGGCCAAUGCCAGCUGGGAGCUGCUGGCCAACUAUAAGAAGAAGAAGCACGUUGGCAAACUAUGCCUUGAAGAUGGCAGUGAAUAUUUGUUCCAGUGUAAAGACGAGGAGGAGCUGCAGCGUUGGAGCCAGGCGAUGGCGAGGGCCCUUCAAUCGCCCGCGGAGGAAGAAGAGGCUGCAGUGGAGGGGCCCUCAGGGGCCAAAAGCCAAAGUCUGCCUCCGCCGGCCUCCUCCUCCUCUACCUCACCUGGCCCCUCUGCCAAGAAAGACAAAGAGAAAAAGUUCAGCCGCUUUGCAAAGAAGAAGUGAGAGGCCUUCGGGUUGGUGGGCGUCGCCAUGGCAACCUGGCACGCCACAUUGAAUUGUUUUAUAUAUAUAUCAACAUUGGUUCUUUUACUUGUAUUUAAGCCAACACAGUUUAGGAAAGGUCGCCAAUUUUUUUUUUUUUUUUUUUUAAAGAAAGCACAGUAAAGCUCUUUUCACACUUAACCAAAGAAUUAUUUGUAUUUUUGCUCAGCCGCAUGUUUGGAGGUUGCCACAUAUGACAAGUUUGUUUUUGUUCCUCACACACACCGGUGAUGAACUGUUAACGAUACUGUGCACACGCAACUCCUUUGGAGAAGCUCUGUCAACGUAGUAGCAGUCGGGCUGUGUCCAUUAUUUUCAGCAAAAUAUUUGUAUCGAUGGUCAGGUUCUGCGCUAGUUUUUAAUUACCGACACGUGGCGCUAAGCUACAAAAAAGAGGGCCACACGCAAAGGAACUUGCUUUCUUGACAAAUAUAUAUAUUUUUUUUGCCAGAAAAAAAUGACUUUGCUCCCAUGAUUUUUUUUUUCCCCUGAAAAGAAAUUCAUGCAAGUAUAAACUACAGAAGAUGUACUAAAUUCGUAUUUUAGUGAAAAACAGCCAAGUCACCAUUUUUAGCUCCUCAAAAAUGUUUGAUCUUGAAAAAUUAAGUAUUGACAGCAAAUAUGUUUCAGAGAAAAACAUUUGUGUUUGUUUGCUAUAAAUUCUGACCAUUUUUCCCGCUGAAAUAACAGAGUACCUUUGCUAAAAAAAUAAAAAUAACCGAUAAAAUUGUAAUAUUAAAUUAUAAAAGGAUGACCUGAAAGUCAAUGUUUGGAGAAUAGUAAAAUACUUUCUGGGGAAAAAUACAAAAACCUUUAAUUGAAAAUGACCCCCCCGCCCCCAAAAUAAAAAAAUGUUUUUGUUGUAGAAAAUAGGAGCACAAGAUGAAUUUAAAAAAGAAAGAAAACUGUCCAAAUUUUAUAAGUAUCACUUUUCAUGCGGAGAAAAAAAUAACACGUUGAGAAGUUUUAAGGGAGGGAAAAAAAAAAUCUUGAACAGUAGUCAUUUUUUUCUGGUAAGACUGUUGCUUUUACGUCUACCGGGAGUUUUGACAUUCCCGAAAAUUUCAACUUUAUUCUUGAUUAUUUUUCUUGUAACAUGAAACUUUUCUGGCAAAGUUGUUAAUUUUCACAACAAUAAACCUCGUCAUAUUCCGAAUUCUGAA